AUGGCUAUAUCCGCCAUGGAGAAGGCUCAAGACGAUGGCCCGGUGAUAUUGGCUGUUGGUUGGAUACUGAUCGCUGUUCCCGGUCUGUUCGUUGCCCUGCGAUUGUAUUGUAAGAUCAUGCUGGCGAGGGGUUAUGGAUGGGAUGAUGCUGUCUGUGUUUUUGCUUGGCUCUUACAACUUAUUUACACAAGCCUGGUCACCAAGGGUGUGCAAAUGGGUGUUAUUGGUAGACACGUUGACGCCAUCGAGAACCAAGAUAUCAUACCCCAUGCACUCAAGCUCGUCUAUAUUGGCUUUGUGAUCAUCAUCUUUGGCUGCGUCUUUGCUAAAACCUCAUUUGUUAUCACCUUGUUGCGAAUUGUGACCAAUCCCUGGCAGAAAGCAGCGCUGUGGUUCAUUAUGAUCAGCAUGAACGCCAUAAUGUGGCUUUGUGGGAUCUGCUAUUUGGCCCAGUGCAAGCCCACCGCUGCACUUUGGGAUACGGCAUUGAUUCCUACAGCCAAGUGCUGGCCUUUUAGUGUUUUUGAGAACAUUGCAUUAACAGCCGGAGCAUACUCCGGGUGCAUGGACUUCAUCCUCGCUGUAUUUCCCUGGGUCAUCCUCUGGAAGCUUCAGAUGAAAAAGCGUGAGAGAUUUGGUAUAAUUAUAGCUAUGAGCAUGGGUGUCUUUGCCUCGAUAGCAGCUUUCAUCAAGACAUCCAAGCUUGUCAACGUCGCCGAACUCAUUGACUUUACCUACUAUUGUACCCCCAUCGUCCUCUGGGCCUCUGCCGAAACAGGCUUAACAAUUUUUGCCGCCUCGAUUCCAGCCCUCCGCAUCCUCUUGUUACGUAUGCGCUCUUCAAGGGACGACACAGACCCCUCCACAAGCUACAACUUUUCGGGAAAGGGGCGCAGCACCACACGCAGCGGAAACAACGAUGAUCGGUCGGAUCCGUAUUAUUAUAUGAAUGGUGAUAUGAUCACCCUCAAUGACCGCAGAGAUAAUGCAAGUGAUGAGAACGUCCCGGGAGAGACUGGGAUUAAACAGACGAGAGAGAUCUCAGUUACAUAUGAAGCUGGUCAAGAUGGGAGGAACGAUAGCUCGUUGGCGAAUCGAGUGGACAUCUUUCAUCAUUAA